CCGACUGUUCCCAAAUUGAUGACGUGGUGCGGUUCCCCUACCGGACGUGAAGGAUGGCCGACCAGAGCAGGCAAAUCAAACUCGCCGCAGCCAAGAAAAAGCUGAAGGAGUUUCAGCAGAAGAGUUCUCCUGCCAGUGGAGGAGGGGGUGGAAAUGGAGGAGGAGGACCAGGUGCCAAGAAGAAGAGGAAGGGAGGGAGCCAACCAGACACACCCUCGGCUGACCGACACUCUCCAGACAAUAGUCAGAGUAUUCUGAAAGUUCGUAGUCAGACCAAUGGAGUAGCUCUGCCUCCCUAUGGCAACAGCCAGGCCCACGUUGAUGGGGAGGUGAGAAGGUCCCCUGUCACCCAGCUACUGGAGGACCCAAACGGAGAGGCUGGCCGUGGCUCCCCUGUGUCUAACCCUGCUAGCUCUAUGUCUGCUACUAACCCUGAGUGUGUCAGCCACGCCCACAACACUGACCUGCAGCAGAACUGCACCCCUGACGCCAACGGCAAUGAAAACCAUGCGGAUGAGAAUAGACCCCUGUCGUCCACAGAGAGCCUGCGGCAGCUCUCCCAGCAGCUCAACGGCCUGCUCUCUGGGUCAUCCACCACCUAUGUAAAUGGAGACAGUGCUCCCUCGCCUGCCAAUAAAAAAGAACUGGAGAGUCGAAACCAGGAGCUGGCAACCGCACUGGACUCCAGCAACCUAACAAACUCUCAGCUCAAUACCAAGCUAGACCUGCUGACCAUGCAAUCUCAGGAGCUCACAGAUCAGCUGCAAAAGGAGCGAAAGGAGUUUGAACAGAAAUGUGUGAGGGAGCAAGGAGCCAUGCGAGAACAAUUACAGGUCCACAUCCAGACCAUCGGCAUCCUGGUGUCGGAGAAAUCAGAGCUGCAGACCGCACUGUCAUACACACAGCAGGCUGCCCGCCAGAAAACAGGGGAGGCUGAGGAGCUGAGUAACCGUCUCCAGGCCACCAAACAGAGAGUCUCUGAGCUGGAGAGAACCCUGUCCUCCGUCUCCACGCAACAGAAACAGUUUGACAAGCAUAACAAAGAGCUAGAGAAAGAGAGAGACAACCUGAGGCUAGAGGUGUACAGACUAAAUAGUGUGAGUGAGGAGGGGAGGCAGCAGAGUUCAGAGCUGUCAGAGCAGCUCAAGCUGAGGGUGAGUGAGAACAGCGCUUUGAGACUGGACCUGGACGAACUGCGCAAGAGACUUGAGAUGGCCGACGUCAUGCUGCAACAGUUUUCCAGUCAGUCAGGGCCUCCCAGUGCCAACCAGCAGAUGCAGUUACUACUGGAGGAGAAAUUACAGAUUGAGGCGCACACUGCUCAGUUGAUGGAGUCGGUGGCCCAGCUGCAGACAGAGAGAGACACCUACGCUGAGCAGAUCCAGGAGGAGGGACAAGUAUGGAAGGACAAGACAGAGCAGCUGCUCUCUCAGGUGACACUAAUAGCAGAGGAGAGGGACAGGAGCAUCAGUCAGAUCCAGGAGCUAGAAGCCCACAUCACAAACCUGAAGCACGCUGCAGCCCUUUUGUCCCAUGAUAGAGAGGCCCAGGCGGAGGCCCAGGCGGAGCCCCAGCCCUCAGGGCCCUCAGAGAGUGAACUGGCCCUCCAGGAAGCCCUCAGCAGCCUGCAGCAGGAGAGAGACACACUCAACACACAGUUCCAGGCCCAGCUACGCGACAACGAGCAGCUGAGUCGUAUGUGUUCGGAGCAGGAGUCCCGUCUCUCGGAGCUGGAGCGCCAUGCGGAGCGCGGGGCCGAGGAUGCAGAGGACCGCAGGCGCAUGCUGGAGGACGUGCAGAGUGACAAGGCCACCAUCAGCCGCGCCCUGGCCCAGAACCGCACCCUUAAAGACCAGCUGGCUGAGCUGCAGAAUGGCUUCGUCAAACUGACCAAUGAGAACAUGGAGCUGACUACUGCUCUGCAGUCAGAACAUCACGUGAAGAAGGAGCUGGGACGCAGGAUGGGACAACUACAGGAGGACCUGCACAACUUCAAGGAGCAGUUGGAGCUGAAGUCUCUGGAGUACCAGGCGCUGCUGGAGCAGCGGGAGCAGAUAGUGGCCCACCUACAGCAGUACUCUGCAGGCUACACGUCCCUGGCGUCAGAACGAGAGCAGCUCCACAGACAGUACCUGCAGCAGAGCCAGCUGAUGGACCAGCUGCAGCAUGAUGAGACCCAGGGAAGGGUUCAGCUGGAGAUGAGCCACAAACAGCUGGAGCAAUACCAGGAGAGGCUGGAGCAGUUGUCCAGAGACAACGAGCAGCUGAAGGCUGAAGUCACUGAGCUGCUCAACAGCUCAGCCCUGGCCACACCCCCCAGAGACCAGGGAGACGGAGUGGAGAGCCAAUCCCUGCCAGAAAGCCCACAGAAGUCCUCCAUCGCUAUCCCAGAAGACUUUGAGAGCCGGGAAGAGAUGGAGGAGUUUGUGCGCGGUGCGGUGGCGCGUGUGGAGGCAGAGCGAGACGAUGUGAGGAGCAGACUGGAGGAGGAGAGGAGACUGCACCUCGCAGCCCGUCACCAGGCUGCAGUACUCAGCAUGGAGCACCAGCACCACAGUCAUGACCAUGAACACAACCAUGACCACGGUCACAGCCGCGACCACACUCACAGCCAUGAUGACCACAGUCACUGUGAACACACAGUCUCAGGUUCAGAGGGCGUACCAGUGGAGGUACACGAGGCCCUGUGUGUUGCCAUGGAGAAGCUCCAACACCGCUUCACCUCUCUGAUGCAAGAGAAGGCUGACCUGAAGGAGAGGGUAGAGGAGCUGGAACACCGUUGUAUACAGCUGUCAGGAGAGACUGAUACUAUAGGAGAGUACAUUGCCCUGUACCAGAACCAGAGAGCUGUCAUGAAGCAGAAACACAUGGAGAAGGAGCAGUACAUCAGAAUGUUGGCCCAGGACAAAGAGGAGAUGAAGGCCAAACUGGCAGAGCUGCAGGACCUGGUGAUGAGGUUGGUGGGUGAGAGGGACGAGUGGUACAGCCGCUACGCUGGGACGGUGGCUAGCGCUGACGCUACGGCUAACCCUGACCUGCUGCCAGCUGGGGAGGACCACCACGCACACAGACGCAUGGAGCUCAACGCUAUGGGCGGACAAGAGUCUAUGGAUCUAAGUAAAGCUGUGGAGUCUGACUCCACCACCCCUGACACCCCUCACAGUGCCCCGUCAGACUUGGGCCAGGGGCUCCCCCCAGACUCCCAGGCCCUGAUGAGGCACCAGGAGGAUGGCACGGCCAGGCAGAUCAUGCAGCUGCUCCAGGAGAUCCAGGGGCCCCGCUCCGUGCCCUUCCUGGGGGACAACCCCUGCAUCCCCUUCUUCUACCGACCUGACCAGCAGGACGAAGUCAAGAUCCUGGUGGUCUGAUUAUGAUUAUUAUUAUGAUGAUGAUGAGACUAUGGAUCUAACUGGCAACGUUGGUUGGGAUCUCUGGCAGUGUUGGAGGAUCUCUGAAAACACACACCAUUCCACCACGUCACAGUUGGCUUAGGUCAUCUAGAAUUACACGUACACACUCUUCUGGCUAUACUGUCUCACACACACAUGCACACUCACUCUCUCCCCUGACAUCGUCAAAUUUUUCAUCAGGCAUGGAAAGUGCUGAAAACAUGUUGGCUCACUAUUUAAAAAGAAGAUGGAGAACAAGCUAUAUAAUGAAAAAUACCAGAGUUUUGGCGCAGAUACAGCUGACUAGCACUAGCUAACGCUACGUACAGUAGCAAAAAAAUCUUAUUUUUUAUUUUUUACAAAUAUUGAUAUAUCGUCCAAAAAUAAUAUUGCGAUAUGUAACUGUAUCGAUCCCCCCCCCCCCCAUCACUACUGGACACACAUAGUGACUUAAGCACGUGAACUCCUUGUGUUCCUCUCCUCGUCUUCUUCCUCCUCCUUACUUUUGUGUUUGUGUCAGAUUAAUUUUUUUGUCUCCUUUGAUUGGUAUUUAAUAACAUUAGAUGGCAGAAGUAUUCCAACUGAGGCUACUGAGAUUAGUUCUGUGAUUCUCUUGAUGAACAGAUGUUUAUUCCUACAUACGUCCCUUUUCUGAUCCCGCUCCUCUAUUCCCUAACCUUCACCUCUCUUCCUCCACCCCUUGUGCAAUAAAGUAUCUCUGUCCCCUCAGUCAUUGUCUGUUGAAGGAGAAAUGAAGGCUUUGAGUGAAGUUAACAGCAAUAGUGUGUGGGCGUGCGUGGACCACUCACAGGAUCCUCAUUCACAAUGUGUGUCUGAUUCUGGAGAAGAACUGGGGUUGUCUGUCUGUGGUUGGUAGUGGAGACAGACAAGGCUUGGUUUUUCCCUGUGGGCUGUGUCUCAAUUCAUUGCCUUGUCUCCUUUCCUCCAUGACCACUGAUGGGCAACAAUACAUACUCAGAUAUUUGGUCAUUAAUGGAAAGAGACACAGCCCUUGGUAGCUGUGGGUGUGUUCUAUGGCAGUGGAGGGAGUGUGUUAUCUGGGUAGGUCAGGAUAGCAGGUGGAGGAGUGAAGGUCUAUCAAUUCAGGAAGGAGGGAUGGGCCAGGUUGGAGCCUUGGCCUAACUGGGGAGAAAGUAAGUCAGGAAAGCAUUGGUAAAGACACUAGCAUUUGGCCAAGUUUGCACUGUUCACUUCAUUUCUAAGUAGGGGAACACAAUGACGUCAUAGGAAAGAGAGGGACAUGAAUGUAGACACACACGGCUGCGCUCCCCAAAAAUGACCUCUUCUGUUUGGAAACACUGAAAUCUGAACACACGUAUGUACAGUAGAGCUUUCUCUUAUGCCAAUGAGCCAGUCAGUUGUAUUCCGCUAGUUUGCUCUCUUCAUUUAUUUUAGGUCCCAUUUCAUGGCAUUUUCAUGUCAUCUCUUGUUUAUCAAUCUUUCAAUUCCAUUGUGCUUGUUGCCCCUCUACAUAUCAUUGAUAUUAAGUUGUUCCCUUUGAAACUGGCUGAAGAUUGUGUGUCUGUGUGAUAAAUAAUCCAAUUUCAAUUGUAUCCCUCAUGAUCUGAAUGGAAGUGGUCUCUUCUCUCUAGUUACAUUGGCUUUUACUGUAGGUUAUUGCACAAAAAUUGUACAGAGCUUCUAAUCAAACCGUGUCCCAUCACUUAUUUUUUUGGACAGUCAUUUUUCUAUGGCAGACCCAUUCUAGGCAUUUGAUUUCUAUGCUUUGGAGCCCUAUGAUGUCAUAUGUGCUCUUUGGCACAUCUGGGCCGAGGGUUCCACUCAAAGCUAACGAAUGGAGACUAAAGUGUGUGUGUUGAAGUGACCGAAAGAGAGAGAGAGUGUGUGCGCACUAGGAGGAUGUACAUAUAAAUAGAGAGAGGGUUGUAUUAAUUCUAGUAACACAAGGCAGAGGCAAUGGGGGUUAAGCUCUGCUGUUUGAUUGACAGGUCCAGGAAGGUCCUCCUGUUUUUGGAGAACCUUCCCAUGAUGGGGAUAACAUCCCAGUUUUUUGGGAGAUGAUUUGGAGUUUUGAUGCUUACAUAAUGUCUUUGUUGACUACCGAUGUCAGAUUUUUUAUUCACGAAUGGAAGUCUUUAAUGUCAAUUGAUUACCCUAAAACUGAAUGAAAAGCAAAAACACAGUCUGAAAAAUCAAAGAUGGUUUUUGAUGAUGCUAUGUGAAAUGUGGUUAGUUCGAUAUGAGGAAAGUAGUGGUUGUGGAGGAAGUUUCCAGGUCUGUAGAGGUGUAAGUGUUUGUACCUGUUCUGCGCUAUGACAUGGUUGCUGAACCAAGUCUACCCUGAAGCGCAGCACUUUUGCAGUAGGACUUGACAUGGUUUCUGUUGAAAGUGAAUGUACCGUUACCCUGAUCUGAAUUAAAUUCCUGGCUUAGCAUUCUCUUUUUCUUUACUUUAGAAAAAUAUUGUCAUAAAAAAAAGUAAACUUUUUUGUUUUGGGAGUAGGAAAUAUUUUCUAGUAAUUUAAAAUGUCAUUUAUUAUGGUGACGAGAUAAAAGUAAUAGAUUAAACAGAUUUUUUUUUUCUCAACUUUCUAAUUGAAUAUUUCUUUUGAAUGGAUGUGUGUGAUUGAGCAGAUGAUUAGAGACAGAGGUGAAAGCCUUCUGUUGUAAAGGAGCUGUAUAUACUGUAACUGUGUAAGAUAUUGUAUAUUCAUUCUGCCUGGUGGGAAUAAGGGUAAUGGGUGUCGCUAGCAGCCCAGAGCGUUUGUCUGUCUGUCUGAGCCAUUGUUGGCUUCAGAACACACAGCUGAAGUGAAGGGGUAGGGGUGAUAUCUUUGAUUUAAUACAAAGGUUCAUUAAAUAUUAUAUUUAUUUGGAAUAAUUAUCCAAACUAAUCAGUUUUAAUGUAAUGGAGGUUGUUGGGGGACGCUGAACGAUCCUUAUGAGCUAACAAAAUGGCUUCCGACAAUACAUUGCUGAUGUGAUUUCUCCUGUAAGAUUUUUUUCUCCCCUCCUAAAUAAAAUGUAUUCAUCAAAGUA